AUGGUCGUCUGCUCCUUCUUCCAGCAGGGACGUUGUAAAUUUGGCGACCGCUGCAAGUACGAACAUCCCGGACGAGGCACAGCCGGCGCUUCUGGCAACCGAUUCGGCGCGCUCUCAGGAGGAGGAUUUGGAGGUCAACCAGGAGGAACAGCUCAGGGAACAACAGACUACGGUGUCACAGCGAACGAUAUCAAGCUCGACCUAACUGCUGGCAAAGGACGUCCAGAAUGGGUCUUCUCAUCCUACGCGCCGAGUCGCAAUGUCCCUCGACAGUUGUUUGGCGGCCCUCAACGAGAGCUGAGCAUGGAGGAAAUGCGCCUUCGUCACUAUGAGCUCGCCGCAGCAGGGAACAUGAACCAGGCUGUGCAGGAGGCACAGACCUUGUGGCAAGAGUCCGUCAAUCAGAUGGAAUCUGCCCUGAAUGAUCUCAAUGGCGCCGUGAAAUACAUCAUCGAUGGAGCCAAUGAGCAUCCGAAUCGCCUUGAUAUUGUCGAGCGAGCUCAAAACUCUGGCGGUCCCCAGCCAUCCGCCUUUGGACAACCGUCGACAGGACAACCAACGAAUGCCUUUGGAGCUCCAGCUGCGUCGGCUGCUGCAAGCUGGGGCAAGCCUUCAGGGUUCGGUCAACCUACAGCCUUCGGCCAAGCAUCGGCACCACAACCAGCGCAAGCAGCUGCUUUUGGACAGCCAUCGCCAUUCGGACAACCCUCGGCCUUGGGCCAGCCCUCGGCUUUGGGUCAAGCUACAGGCUUCGGUCAGCCCUCUCAGCUGGGACAAGGCUCGGCUUUUGGUCAACCUUCGUCUCUUGGAGCUAGUGGACCAGCAGCGUUUGGCAAACCUGCAUUUGGCCAGUCAGGGUUCGCCACGACCGGAGGAACUCAGUCUGCGUUCGGUCAAACGGGCUUCUCGCAGCCUGCCGCUCCAGCAACUGGCGCGUCUCCUUUCGCACAGGCAAGUCAAGGUCAGCCGGCCGCAACCGGCUUCGCUGCCCUCUCCAAACCAUCGCCCUUUGGGCAACCGUCUGCUCUACAACCAGCUGCGACCACAGGCGGCUUUGGCCAACCUGCUCCGUUCGGGCAGCCAUCACAGUCUGCAUCACCAUUUGGCCAGGUUUCACAGCCGCAGCAGCCGCAGCCGCAACAACCACCGCCAGCAGCUGCACCCUUCGGGCAGCCAUCCACGGCGCCGAGUCCGUUUGGCGCUCCAUCAUUACAACCGCAGCAGCCGGCAGCUGCUCCCUCGCCUUUUGGUCAGCCUGCCGUUUCGCAAGGUGUUCCUGUGCAAAAGGUGAAUGCAGGGCCCCGCGCAUUCUUAAAGAUCGACAAUCCCAACGAAUUGAAUCCAUUGCCGCCUCUAGAGGGGGAGACUCGACGCGAUCCUGCCAACAACCGUCUAAUUCUUUGGAAGGGCCGUCCAGUGACAUACAUCAAAGACACGCCCUGCUAUUUACACCCACAAGACAACAAGACCUGCGUUCGCAUCAAUUUCGCGGACGGCCCUCCAGAUGAUGCGAGUUUACGAGACUCCCAGGCUAAGCCCGAGGAAUACACUCCCGAGGUUGAAGAAAUGUACAAAUUCUUCCUCGAGAAUGGCUACUUUAAAGAUGGCGUGAUACCACCAGUGGCACCCAGGAAGGACUUCAUCAGCUUUGAUUUUUAG